UUUAUCCCAUGGUUAUUCAGUGUGAAAGAAGUCGCCCUAAAAAAAGACGCAAGGGUCUCUCCAAGCCAGAAUGUUGAAUACAAUUAUAUUUACACUUACCGGUUGUCCGUGCUGUUGGUCCUUUUGACAGUAGGAAGUGGAGAUAAAAUAUCCACAGGAAAAUAUUUUUUACCUAACUUUUUGCUGCGACGAUAGGUUCUGUCGCUUGUAUUUUCAAUCUCCCGAGGCAUUGUUGCACAUUAUGUAAACAUAUGUCGACCGAAGCAUGUUCCCUCGCAGUCCUCUGGAUAUAAUUUGUGGAACGUUCCAACAGGAAUCUGUUACAAAAAGUUCGUAAAUAUCAAGGUUGCCAGCAAACAAUGGAUACAAAAUUGUAUAGUGGCAGAAUAAAAUACCGGGUAGGGAGUGGGCUAUGUCUGUCCUCACUCUGGUAGCCUAUGGACAAACAUUAAGAAUAAGCUACGUGGUGAGUUGAUGCCUACUCGGCAGCUAGUUAAAUAGGUGAAUUUAUCAUGUUAGUUUGUAUACAACAUUAUACUUUACGAAGUUUUUGGAACAGAUUCCUGUUGGAACGUUCCACAAAUUAUACCCACCCAUCAGCUAGAAGUGCUUGUGAAAUUUGCCAGUUUAUUGUGUGGGAGAACGUUCUGUCUGUGAUUCAGUUAAACUCUGCGGUUACUUACAUAUUGUGCAAGUGUUUGUCAUGUAAGAAUUGUGUCAGUAUUGAACAUACAAACGAAUAUACAGACCAGUCCAGUGUAUUGAAAGUCAGGUUAACACUUCCCUGAUUAUAUGUUGUUUGUUACUUCCCGACAUAACGACACAAUCAGCAGACAACAGGUAAAGCAAGUUGAAAUAAAGAUUAUUCAACAUUGUGACUUGUAACGGGACUGUUCGGGAAUGCUGAACCUACAUGUUCGAUACAAGAGUCCCUGGUAAAAACAAACACUCGACUUCAGGAGAAAAAUGAAUAUUCUACCUAAAAAGAGCUGGCAUGUUCGCAACAAGGACAACGUCGCGCGCGUGCGCCGGGACGAGGCACAAGCCGCAGAGGAGGAGCGAGAGGUCCAACGCCGUGUGGAGCGAGCAGAGCAGGAGGCGCGAACAGAGCACCUGAGACAGAAGUCACGAGCUGCACUUCAACAGUCUGGAGGAUGGAAGGAUGAAGGAGGGGAGAGAGGAGGGGAGGGGAGUGGAGGAGUGGUGGAACACCUCAAUCUAUUUCCUCUGGAGGAGUCAUCUGAGAAGAAAGGAAACGCAGAGUACCUCAAAGACCAGAAAGAUGAAAAGGAGCGUGAGGAGCGUGCUAUUGGUCUGCUAGUGUCCCUAGGCCCCCAACCUGGGACAGAGGUAACUCCAUGGUACAUGAAAACAGGUCACGAAGAAGAGAAAGAUGAAGAAAAGGAGAAAGAGAAAGACAACAAAGGAAAGAGACUGCCACUCAGUCAAGAGGAGAAGGAGAAGAGAGACAGACGACUGAAAGACAUGCUGGACCCCUUGAAAGAGAUGAAGAAAGCACUGGCGGUGAAGGAUAGAAAAGAACAUAAGAGUAAGAAGAAGGAGAAGAGGGAUAGAGGGGAGAGGAGAAGCAGUGGUGGAGAAAGCUCUAUAGAAAGGUUGCGAGCGGAGCGACUGCAGAGAGAGGCGGAGGAGAAGAGGAGAGCCCAGGCCCUGCUGGACCAGAAGAAUGGAACCGGGAAAGAGAAGGAGCGACCAAGGGAGACAGAGGAGAGGGAAAUGCCGUACAACAGUGCUUAUUUCCCAGAGCUGGCCCGCAAGAGGCAGAGGAAAGACCGCAAUGCCUGGAGAGAUGGCAUCUUUUGAAGUCCUACAUCAUGCAGUCUCAUUGUUUGUGCAACGGACAGAGAACAUUGAGGCAUUCAAUAUACAUUUAUUAGUAUGUGAAAGACGACGAAGACUUCGACAAGGACUAGAGAGCCUGGAAGGUAAUUAAGUUGUAUUGUUGUGAAAUGUGAGGCAGUGCUUUUAUCUUAUUCUUGCAGUAACAUGGAGGAGUUAUGCAUGUAGGCAUAUACUGUAGGUUGUUGAACUAGUGAACAUGUGUACAAAUAUAGCUCAAAAUGCUACAUUGUUUACUUGUAUAACAUCUAGGCUAUCCUGAGUAUCCUAAGAAGACUUAUUGAUGAUUGUUGUCAUUGUCAUUAUUUCUAAUGAGGUAUAAAAAGAAAGGAAACCAAUCAAGAGAUUUGGGACAGCUGAGUGUAGUGUUGGAGUCUGUCUGGCACCCUGCUCAAGUGUGAGACAAUACAGAGAUAAUUUUGCUCCACAACACAAGACCACUGUUCAAGUUGGAGUGUCUUUGAUGUUUUACUAUUGAUGGCAACAUUGUGUCACAAAUUUAAUUGUGUCAAUUCAAGUCAAGUCUAUUUUGUUUCUGAUAAUAGCAUGUGCCAAUUUAGGAGGUGUGUGUGUACAUGCAUCUGUUCUAUUUAACUAUCUGAUGUAGACAGUUUAGGGUGGUUGGCUCAACUAUUAUUGCACAUUUUCCAUUUCAAUUAAUUCAAUAAAAAUGUUAGUCCUGCCAAAUAACAAAA